UCGCGCGCGCCUCCCGGAAGUGGCCGGCCCCGAGCGAGAGCGGGGUUGUCUGCGGUCCCUGGCUGUUCUGGGGAGUAGUCUCUGGGCAACAGGGCCCGGCGGGGAGAGAGCGUCCGGGCCGGGGCCAGGGCUGGGGCUGCACGUUGACGGGCACGGCGCAGAGCGAGACCUGGUGACGAUGGCGGGGCCGCAGCCCCUGGCGCUGCAGCUGGAACAAUUGUUGAACCCGCGCCCGCGCGAGGCGGAUCCUGAGGCCGACCCGGAGGAGGCCACUGCUGCCAGAGUGAUUGACAGGUUUGAUGAAGGGGAAGAUGGGGAAGGUGAUUUUCUGGCAGUGGGUAGCAUUAGAAAAUUGGCAUCAGCCUCCCUCUUGGACACAGACAAAAGGUAUUCUGGCAGGACUACCUCUAGAAAAGCUUGGAAGGAAGACCCCUGGGAGCAGACACUGCCAGGUUCAUCUGCCAAGGAAAUAAUAUCUGAUGAGGAUGAGUCUGGAGAUGGAGGUUCAGAGGGGCUGGGUCUGGAGGGAUCUGAUGAGGAUGCCACGAGUGCUGCUGAGGAAGAGGAGUGUGGUGAUGACAGGGACAGUAGUCUGGCCUGGAAGAAGAGGAUCAAAAGCUGCUCUGAGAGCACACCGGGUUUUAGUGUCCAGAGCAUCAGUGACUUUGAAAAAUUCACCAAGGGAAUGGAUGACCUUGGUAGCAGCGAGGAGGAGGAAGAUGAAGAGGAGGAGCCUGGUGUGGAAGAAGGGGAUGGGGAGGAAGACUCCACAAAUGAGAGAGAGGAAGACAGGGCUGAAGGCAGGAAUAGUGAAGAUGACGGAGUAGUGAUGACCUUCUCCAGUGUCAGAGUUUCCGAGGAAGUGGAGAAAGGAAGAGCUGUGAAGAACCAGAUAGCUCUGUGGGACCAGCUCUUGGAAGGAAGGAUCAAGCUUCAAAAAGCUCUGUUGACUACCAAUCAGCUUCCUCAACCAGAUGUUUUCCCUAUUUUCAGGGACAAAGGUGGCCCAGAAUUUGCCAGCGCCCUAAAAAAUAGUCACAAGGCCCUUAAAGCAUUGUUGAGGUCAUUGGUAGAUCUUCAGGAAGAGUUACUUUUCCAGUACCCAGACACUAGAUAUCUAGUAGAUGGGACAAAGGCCAAAGCAGUAAGUGAGGAAGAGAUUUCCAGUGAAGAUGAAGAGCUAGUAGAAGAGAAGAAGAAGCAGAGAAAGGCCCCACCAAAGAGGAAGCUAGAAACGGAGGACUAUCCCAGUUUCAUGGCUAAGCGUUUUGCCGACUUCACAGUCUAUAGGAACCGCACACUUCAGAAAUGGCAUGAUAAAACCAAGCUGGCUUCUGGAAAACUGGGGAAGGGUUUUGGUGCCUUUGAACGCUCAAUCUUGACUCAGAUCGAUCAUAUUCUGAUGGACAAAGAAAGAUUACUUCGAAGGACACAGACCAAGCGCUCCAUCUACCGAGUUCUUGGCAAACCUGAACCAUCAGCGCAGCCUGUCCCGGAGAGUUUGCCAGGACAACCGGAGAUCCUUCCUCAAGCCCCUGCCAAUGCCCACCUGAAGGACUUGGAUGGAGAAAUCUUUGAUGACGAUGACUUUUACCACCAGCUCCUUCGAGAACUCAUAGAACGAAAGACCAGCUCCUUGGAUCCCAAUGAUCAAGUGGCCAUGGGAAGGCAGUGGCUUGCGAUCCAGAAAUUGCGAAGCAAAAUCCACAAGAAAGUAGAUAGGAAAGCCAGCAAAGGAAGGAAACUUCGGUUUCACGUCCUUAGCAAGCUACUAAGCUUCAUGGCACCUAUUGACCAAACUACAAUGAAUGAUGAUGCCAGGACAGAGUUGUAUCGAUCUCUUUUUGGGCAGCUCCGCCCUCCUGACGAAGGCCAGAGGGACUGACAGUGCCCAUCUCUGUCGCUGCGGACCUGAGGCAGGGCCUCUGAACACCACGGCGCCUUAGCCAGGUCGGCUCCUCGUCGAGCCCCGAGUGGAGGAAGCCAUCGGCCAGCAGGGUCGAGCACAUUGGGAAGUCCCAGGAAGGGGUGCGUGCAGAGCACAUGCCUGCUAAGUCCCGGGAAGCCUGGAACCAAAUGUCCCAUGUCUUCCCUGCCCCAGUCUGCCAAGGACCGGUGCCCCACGCCCUUUCACCAUCACAAAUAAAGAGUAUUGUCACUGC